AUGUCCUGUGGACGUCAUCCCGGCCCAGGGACAUCUCAGGUACAAUGGCAUCCCUGGGCUGCACCAAUUUCUGUGAAGUGUGAUGUCCUGGGGACGGCAUCCCGUCCCAGGGACAUCUCAGCUGCAAUGGCAUCCCUGGGAUGCACUGAUUUUUGUGAAGUGCCCUGCGUGUGUAGCUGUCAGACCAGGUCGAAAUUCACGUAUGACGAUGAGCUCGCAACACAGAAGCGGAAUCAAGAGCGGCGCUCUGUGAGGUUAAUUGACGAGAUAGAAAACGCAAAAGAUUCAACCGGUUUGCAAGGAAACUCGCUCAAGCGCCCUCAGCGUGCGGACUCCAGGGGAUUGGCUGUCAAGUCGCCACUUCACGAGAACGAAAACUAUUCGGAUCCGUUUGACGAUAUGGCUGUCCUGGACACCGAAAUGCGAGACGAUGACGGCGAGCGCACUAUGACGUUCCGCUCCGUCUUGAUCGGUGUGCUAACUUCCAUCCUUGGAGCCGCGAUAGCGGAGGUCUUCAUGUUCAAGCCCGUGCACAUUCAUGUGGACAUACUAUUUCUUCAGAUAAUAUGCUUGCUUAUGGGCCACUUUUUUGCAACGAUCCCGGGACCGCUGUGGUGGAAUCCAGGGCCAUUGGAUACGAAAGAGACUGUCUUUAGUGUAAUCAUGGCAGCUUCCGCGUCUGCCGGUGUCCUUGGGGUGGAGGUUAUCGCUGCUCAAGAUGUCAUGUUCGAGAAGCGCAUGUCUAUGAUCGUCUCGAUUAUGACCCUGCUGAGUAGUCAGCUGAUAGGAUAUGGAAUCGCAGGGCUGUUGCGCCCAAUCCUGGUUUAUCCAGCCGAAAUAAUUUACCCUGGUGUGCUACCGGUCGUUGCACUGUUUCAAUCCAUGUCCAGUCAAUCACAAACAACUGUCAAGCAGAUGACAUUCUUUAAGAAAGCGAUAUCGGCCAUCUCUCUUUAUGAAAUCAUCCCAACUUACCUUGCACCAGCCCUUUCAGCGGUUAGCAUCUGGUGCCUGACUUUGCCGAAAGUCCCGGCAAUAACAAACUUAUUCGGUGGCUCCUUGCCGGCCGAAGGCAUGGGUCUCAUGGCUUUCAGUGGGGAUUGGACUCUAGUAGGCAGCCAUUCACCGCUUUUUGUGCCUCUUUUGGCUCAGAUGACGGAUUGGUUGGCGUAUUUUGGAUGCAUUGUCAUUUAUUCGGGUGCUUAUACAGCUAAUUGGUUCAGUGGAGGCCAUCUUCCCUUCAUUUCGUACAACAUUUUCGAUAAGAAUGGCCACAGAUACAACUUGACCGCCGCCGUGAUGAAAAACGGAACCGGGAAUGCCAGCGUCAUAGAGCAACUGGGCCCGCCAUCCUUCUCCACUAGCUUUGUGCUAUCUAAGUCCUUCUUAUGCAUGGCCGCAUCUGCUUCGGUAACUAUCGGUAUGUAUACCAGCCUCGUUUCCUAUCUGAAGGACAGGAAACAGAUAAAGAUGUAUGGCAAGAUUUCCAAACCUUGCCCACAUCGAGAAAUAACGAAAAAGAUGCGAGACUUCCCGGCGUAUGCCUAUGCUGUAAUUCUCGUAGGGGCGACCGCACUGGCCUUCUUAUCAAGUCAUUUAGCAGAUUCUGGACUUUCUCCAGAGGCUUUGGCUACAUCGCUCUUGAUUUCCUUCGUGCUGUGUCUCGCUUCAGGUUAUUUCUACGGAACUCUUGGUAUACAUCUAUUCGUUGCCCGUGAGUUCGUCGAGUUUUCGCCUGCUGUUCGAGCUAUCGAAGCAAAGCUGAACGCAACAUUUUGGCUUGAUUAUUUUGACAAACCCAGCUGUCACUCAAAUGCUAGGUGGCCUAAUAUUUCCUGGCAAUGCAAUCGGUACAAUGUGGUUCACCAUGUAUGGCUCAACCAGCGUAAAACAAUGUGUGCUCAUGCUCAAAGACUUGAAGUUGGGAACCUACAUGCAUCUUGCUCCGUGGUAGCUCAGUUAAUUGGAACGAUAACAGGCGGAUUGGUCCAUGUUUUGGUGAUGUUCUCAAUAAUCAAUGCACAGCGCGAAGUCUUGUUAAUGCCUAAUGGAAACGGGAUAUUCACUGGCAUGUACUUGAGUGUAAUAGCAUCUCAAUCAACUGGAUGGGGAUUGUUCAGUCAAGCCAUUUACUACCCCGGAAAGAUCUAUGUAAUGCCACACUUUUCGUUUUCUCAAGUCAUCUUUUGUCAUGAAGAAAAAUUGACGCAAUCUCCGGCCUAA